CUUCGGCCUCGUGUGAGCACGUGGAAUAAAGUUCGGCCGAUGAGAUUUUCAGCUCUGGAGAUUAGGAUCUUGAUGAAGAUUAUCGAACCGAUAUCGAUGAUUGUGCCGAUCGAGAUGAUGCUCUUAUUCCCUCUUCUGUCCAAGUGGUUAUUUUGAUGACAGACGCGUCCUCCGCGACGGAAUGUGGUGGAUACUUUCGAUUCUGUUGGCAGGAUUGCAGAUCCUUGCCAACGCGGGAGAUCUUCCCGUCAUGAAAAUAGGCGCUCUUUUAGAUGAAGACGACGCUGCUUCAUCAACGGUGAUUGAUAACGUUCUGCAAAGGAUAAACGGCGACCACAAAAUCCUCCCGCGGUUUCGAUUGCAGGUCGUCAAAGUGCGAGUGGCCAAUUCUUUCGUGGCGGCUAAAACAGUGUGCUCGUUGAUCGAUGAGGGUUGUGUCGCAAUAAUCGGACCAACUCAACACGAGGCCCAUAAAACCGCUCAGGAGAUCAGUGCGCGCCUCCAAGUACCGUUCUUCGUUCGCUGUUUGCAAGACGGUCAGGAGAGCGGUUCAUCAACAACUUUCCACCUCCUCCCUCCACAGCCAAGCAUAACGAGAGCUUUCAGCGACAUCAUUCGCGCCAAACGAUGGAAGAACUACGCGCUCAUAUACGAGAAAAAUCAAGAUCUGAUUGAGCUGGCAGACCUCGUCAAAGACAAGAGAGUUCUCCUAUACCAGUACCAAAAAGGAGAACGGGGAUCCAAGAGGCUCAUUCGAGAGAUUGGGAGCGACCCACAGAACAACUACAUCGUGCAUCUGACGGCAGAGCGGGCGAAUGAAUUCUUCCGUCUGGCCGGAAUCGUGGGAUUGUUAUCCGAGUACUUCAGCUAUCUCGUCACCGCUGAGGACUUCCACACGUGGCAACUGCCCUCCGAGGCUCUCAGCAAUAUAACCGCCCUGCAGCUACUCCAACAAGAACCUGGCAACUUCGCACCGACUCAAGACAACAAGCGUCAACGGGUCAACAAAAACAGCCCUUUAAAGUACCACUCGGCGCUCCUACACGACUACAUCAUGAUUUUCGCGCGAGCCGUCGGGACUCUAUCACGGACACAAAACAUGGCGCCCGUGUCGGACGCGAGUUGCCACAAGCCGUCGGACGGAUGGCCCAUGGGUCUGACAAUCGCCACGCAGAUCAAGGCCACGUCAAUCCACGGCCUGUUCGGCCAUAUCCAAUUCGAUACGUUCGGAGAACGCUCCAACUACAGUCUCCUCGUAACGGAAUACAAAGACGGCUCAAUCGUCAAGGUGGGUAACUGGUCGCCUACAUCGGGUAUAAACUACAACCGAAAUUCGUCGUGGGAAAAAGUCCACGUUGAGCAGUCGUUGCGGAACCGCUCGCUUCGCGUUGUGACGCUCUUGAGUGCCCCGUACGUGAUGCGGCGUCGCAGUGGGUCUCCGCCGGCACCUGGCGGAACAGCAGCCGAUGGCGAGCUCGAAGGCUUCUGCAUCGACCUCCUCCACGAGCUCUCGCGCAUGCUGCAUUUUAAAUAUGAGAUUCGUUUUGUAAACGAUUCCCGGCACGGCGCUCGAGAUCGUCACGGACACUGGGACGGUCUGAUCAGGGACAUCCUCGACAUGGAAGCUGACGUUGCCCUCGCAGAUCUCACGGUGACAUCGGACCGAGCUCGGGUUGUGUCGUUCACAACGCCUUUCAUGGCUUCCAACAUCGAAGUAUUGUACAAACCCCCAAGUUCUGUCGGGGACUUGGCUUCGCUAGUUCGUGGAGUAUUUUCGCCCUUGUCCCAAGAGGUAUGGAUUUCGGGUGUCUUGUGUCUGGUGGUCGCCACCUUUGUGCUAUUCUAUGCAUCGAAACUCAGCCCCCGCGACCGUAUCGUGAAACUGUCUCCGAAGCAGGCAGACGAGAGAAUUUGGUCAACACCGAGAUUUUCGUUCGGAGACAUCGUCCACAUAGCGCUCUCUUGCGCUCUUCGACAGCCACUGAUAAGCCGCCGACCGAGAGGCGUGGCCACACGAAUACUCAUUCUUGUGUUGUACGUGGCAUCGUUCGUAUUCUGGUCGGUGUACACAGCACGACUGACAGCUCAAUUCGUCCAGCGGCGAAUGCAUUUCUCCGAGCUGCAGGACGUCGGGGACCUCCUCCGGCUGAAGGAUGUGCAUUUCGGUUAUGUCGCCAACACCUCGUCCCAGCUGUAUCUGCAGGGUGCUGACUAUGACCCGAUUUCGACAGUCUGGGCGAUCAUGACUGGCGAGGGGGAUCAUCCCACGAGUUCCGCUGAAGGCCUCCGCAAAGUCCACGCAGGCGGCUAUGCAUUUUUCCUGGAAUCCCCAACUGCGGAAUACCAUCAGCGAAGAGAUUGUUCAUUACUCAAGAUACACAGCGGGAUCGAAACUUCAGGCUACGCGAUUGCGACUCCGAGAGCUUCGCCGUACACAGAACAUUUCUCGAGCGCCUUGAUGCGCCUCAAAGAGAAUGAAGUUAUCCACCGACUCCAGCACAAAUGGUUCUCAUCAAGAGCCGAGUGCAAGGCGCCGCCUUGGGGUCAACUAGAUGUCACGGGCGUUUCGCCCGUCCUCCUUCUUCUGGGCGCUGCUUGCGCCCUUGCUACUGUGAUCGGUGUGGUGGAGUGCGCGUGUUCCGCAGCACGCCGCCAGCCCAAGAAAGCAAAAGCGGUGUCGUCCGAGCCAAAACCGCCGCCGGAUGUCCCGGACAACAACCAAUUGGUUUCAGCCGUAACCGCAUUGCUAUCACCGGCUCAAUCGUCGGCUGAGGAGCACUUACGUAGUCAUUGCAAGACCUUGGAUCUUCACACUCUGCCCUCGAUGCCGAACAUCUUACCUCCGGCAGACCUCUACAUGAAUUACGAUAAUUCCUAG